ACAAGCAGUGUAACACAUUAUGUAGUCCAUUCACUGAUAUAAAGAUUGUUGCACAGAGUCUACAAAACAUUCUCGAAGCCAACAAGGGUGGCUUCUGGUGCAAUAAACAUAGCACAAGUAGUCGCCCCAUUCAGUUUGAAUACAAACUUAGUCCUAUUCGACGAAACCAGGGGAGAAAUUCUUCAGCAAUGACAAGGAAAUAUUAUUUUAUAAACUAUAUGAAGUUAAGGUUAAUGGGGGAAAUGGCUUUAACGUGUAAAAACACUGCAACACCUCCAAACACAGUAGCUGCACGAAGAUAAGUGCUGAGAAGGACAGCAGACGAACGCUGUUAUUUGAGUAGACAUGUCCAUCUUCAGAGGUGCAAGAACUUGUUUAAGAUGGUGGUGUCUUGCAAUGUCCUAUUGGAGAAGCUGAAGAAUCCCCGCUUCAGACAGUUCUUGAAGUACAAAAUAAAUCCAGUUCCAGAUGAAGCUACGCUGAGAAACGACUAUUUAUCUGUGUGCUACGAGGAAGUGCUCGACAAAAUACGAACUAAAGUUGUUGACCAAGAGAUUAGGGCGUCUAUCGGAAAUCACCAAUUUGGAUAGGGGUUAAAUUGUAAAUACUUUUGUUGGUGUCCUUAAAGUUGACGGACCUGGAGAAAUGUUUCUCCUAAGGGUGUGAAGCUCUCAGCAGAAUAAACAGCUCGACAACUGCCUUUGCGUUUGACAACUCAAUGAAGCUACUGUCACUGUUGGUGUGAAUAGAGACCAAUAAAUGGUGCUUCAUACAUGGCUGUAGCAGCCUACAGACUUCAGAGUCUCUAUCCCAGUGUGGCACACAUCACUUGCCUUGCACACGCAUUGUACAGAGCUGUAGAAGAGGUGAAAUUAAAUUGCACUGAUGUGAGCCAACCGAUCUCCUCUAGCAAGAAAAUCUAUGUGAAAGCUCCACUAAGAGUACAAAAAUUAAAGAACAGGGAGCUUCCCUCCAUUUCCCCCUCAGCUUGUACUUACACAAUGAGGUUCUUGGGUUAAUGUUGUUGAGUAUUACUGUACCUAUUACACCAAAACAAGACGAUCUUUUCUGAGCCUGAUAGUGAUUAAUAAAGUGCUAUCAGAACUGCCAAAGAGUUCUUUACAGAUACGUUGUCUCUAAACUUGACAUACAUCAACGCACUGUGUCAUCCGAACAAGACACAGGUGCAAAGAUGCGAGCUGGUGCCAGUGCCAUAGAGACUCUCCACUUGCGCAAGUUCCACCUGCGCCACUGUCGGCGCUGAGCAUGGAGGUAAGAAUAGAGGGAGACGCCGUGAUGUCACAGCUGUGAAGUUAUGUGAAGCCGAGGGUAGUCAUCUCAAUCCGACCAAAACAUUGCUGCUGUAAACUUGUGUGCAUAGGCUUGUCGCUCACUUUUGGAAGGAUUUUGCGCUAUUAUGGUGACUUGUGUGGUGUUCGGAUGUACGAAUCUUUCUGAUUGUGAUGCGAAAUCGAAGGGAAUAACAUUUCAUGUAUUUCCUAAAAAUGAAAGUCGGAAAGCUCUGUGGGAGAAUGCCGUGAGGAGGAAGAAUUGGUGUGCGUCGAAAUGGAGCACUAUAUGUUCUCAGCAUUUCCGAGAAGAGGACAUAGACCGAACUUCCGUUUCAACAGUAAGGCUCCGAGAAAAUGCUGUACCAUCAGUUUUCCCUACACACCCAAAACAUUUGCAAAAGUACAGAGUUGGAAGGGCACGAUAUAAUGAAAUCAAUUGCCUAUCAAUGUAUGUGUCAAGGUCUCACUGCAAUAUUGUGAAGAAAGACAAAGGAUUAUACAUAAUAGAUGGUGGGAUAAAUUGUGUUGUAAUGCGAGGUUUUAAUGAAGAUGAAGUGUGCAGUUUUGUGGAGUUAACAAAAGAGAAAAAUGUUGAUGUAAGAUUUAUCGAGUACAUGCCUUUCAGCGGCAACAAAUGGAAUGAUGGGAAGAUGGUCUCAUUUAGUGAAAUGGUCCAAAUAAUUAGAAAGCAGUGGCCUAAUUUUGAUCCUCUGCCCAAUGGGCCCAAUGAUACCUCAAAGGCAUACCAUGUCCCGGGCUUCAAGGGACGUGUGGGAUUUAUAACCUCAAUGAGUGAACACUUCUGUGGCACGUGCAACCGUUUACAGAUAACAGCUGAUGGCAAUUUGGAGGUGUGUCUCUUUGGAUAUUCAGAGAUAUCUCUCAGAGAUGCAAUACGAACCAAAUGCAGUGAGGAUGACUUGCUUUCCAUGAUUGGGGCAGCAGUGAGAAGAAAGAAGAAACAACAUGGAGGCAUGCUGAACCUGUCAAAGAUGAAGAAUCGGCCAAUGAUUCUUAUUGGAGGAUAACAGUGGCCCAGAACUUGAUGGCUGUAGUGAUGUCGUGAAGGCACAAAGUUGGAAGUUGUUAAACCUUCAGAAACAAGAUUUUCAAAAGUACUUCUUCUCAGAUACCAAUAUUUCGCCCCUGUUUGUGUCGGAUACAC